AUGAUCAAUGGUUUCCCACUUCCCGAUGCGUCCUCAGUUGAUCUUUACAGACGUACUGGAGACAUAAAUAACAGGACAGGAAUCACCAGGAGAUCUAGCACUGUCUCAGGGCCAGAACGAGCUGUUGUCUUUGAUGUUGAUAGUGUGCAUCCACAGGAAGAUGGGAGAUACGAGUGCAGUCUUACUGUUGAAGGUGUAGGCUAUCCCAGUACGCUCAUUACCAACGCAACCUAUGUUCUGCCAGUCAUAGAGAAAGCACCCGUGAUAGUGAGCACCACGUCAACUACAGUUGGUCUUCGAUGGAAUGCAUGGUCUGAAGAAGAUGACAUAGGUGAUCCUCCUCUGGUCGGAUAUGAUGUCUUCGUAAAGAAGGAUGGUGACUGGGUAACGGAUCAGAGAGUAGACCAAGUCACAACAUCAACCAUCGUUAGUAACCUGACACCCGACACAGAUUACAUGUUUCGUGUAGCAGCAGUGAGGGAAGGAACAGGUGGAACAGGACCUUUGUCUCCUCGGAACAACACAAUAACUCGCUGUAGGAGUAAGUUAUGUUGA